CCGUGCCCGCUGUGCAGCCGGCGCGCGGCAGCGCUGCAGUGUGCCGAGGAGGGGGAUGAGGAGGUUGCAGAGCCCCAGCCGGCGGCGCAGGAUGCAGCACAGCCCUCAGACAGCAACUCCCGCUGCUCCCCGCAGCCGGGCGACCUCUGCGCUCCCGUCUCGCACAGAAACGAUGUGCUGAUACUGCAGGACAGACUACGGCAAGAAUGGAGUACCAGACACUGAACACAUCUACCUGUCUGCUGGUCCUUCUGCUUUUCAUACCCGCCGUUUCGGGUGUCUGUCCUUCUAACUGUACAUGCUCAGGAAACGACAGGAAUGUGGACUGUUCGGGCAGGAACUUAACUGUGCUGCCAGACGGACUUCAAGACAACAUUACAUAUUUAAAUCUGUCCUUUAACCAGUUCAUGGAUCUCGACUAUCAGCUAACGAGAUUCACCAAUUUGAGGACCCUUGAUAUUUCAAAUAAUUGGCUCAAGAAUGUUCCUGCUCAACUGCCCAAGUCCUUAUGGGAAUUAUAUGCCAUAAACAACAACAUCAAAGUUCUUCAGAAGCUUGACACAGCUUACCAGUGGAAUCUUAGAGUGCUGGAUGUUUCCAGGAAUAUGGUGGAAAGGGCGGUUCUCAUCAACAACACACUGAGCAGCCUCAAGUUUCUCAAUCUCAGUAGCAACAAACUUUGGACUGUUCCAACCAAUAUGCCCUACAACAUUGAGACGGUGGAUCUAUCCAGUAAUUUCUUGUCCCAGAUACUCCCGGGGACACUGGUGAGACUACGCCGCCUCACAAGCCUCUACCUGCACAACAACAAGUUCACCUUCAUUCCCGACAAAGCCUUUGACCAGCUCCUCCAGCUGCGAGUGGUCACGCUCUACAACAACCCCUGGGCCUGCAGUGAUGAACACAACAUCCCCUACUUGCUUCAGUGGGUGCAGGCCACGGCGGCCAGAGUUAUAGGGGCUCCCUGUGCCAACCAGUCCGGGCUUUGGCUGGGUCCCACCUCAACCCCAGCAGCUCCCACAGGUACCGACUCCAGCCUCAUGAUCAAGGGAAUGAAGGCAGCAGACAAAGCUACUUCUCCAGUGGCAACCCAACCAACCCUACUGACAAGGAUGCAUAAACAAUAUAAAGCCAAGGAGGUGACCAGCUCGGCGACCUCAAGCCAAACCGUAGUGUUCACGAGCACAGACCGACCGCUGCUCCUCUACCCAGAAGACCUGACCACCAGGAAGGUUGGCUCCCAAGAAGCAGCAGCCACGCACACCAUCUACAUCAAGGAUUCCACCCAGCUGAACUCCAGCCUGACGGGCUCAGCGGGAGCGCCCACCACCCCCCUGACCCUCAGCAUCACCAGCGGGAUGCCAACAAACUUCUCCAGGAUGCCUCAAAGCACAACCGCUACCUUCAGGAAAGAGGAACCCACCACAAACACUCAGAGUUCCCACGUGCCCUCCAAAGCAAGUACCCAUCAGAUAUAUUUGGUUUAUGUUGUAACGCUUAACGCAGUGGCAAUGUUUAUCGGCUAAGGGCCGGUCUUGUGAAAAUUAUUGAGUUUAUUCCUGUGAUACAAAGCUGGAGGUAAGACAUCCGGGUCAAAUAACGAAUCAAAACACAAGAAAUUCAAAGUUCUGACUCUGAUCUAAAGAAAAUAACGCUUCUUCAUUAAAGAAGUGCACACUAAUGUCUUGAUACUAAGCUGCUACUUAUUUUAAUAUGUCUUAAUUGAGUAAAACUAACCUAUGAUUUUGUUCUUAAAAACGUGCUUAUUUUGUAUUUAAAUUUUUAAUUUUACCUGCACAGAAUAAAACAUCAGAAUUUUCAGUACU